AUGGGCUUUAAACAUAUCUCCAUGCUAGUCUUAGCCCUGUGCCUUUUAGUCUUGGUUCUUUAUAACCUCCGCCUCUGGCCCCCUCCGCGCGACAAUGAAGCAGACGGAACCUCCCUUUUGGAGGAUGACCUGGUGCAACGAUGCGCUAGCCUCUUUUCCAACAAUGUGACGAAAAGUCACGGCGAAUCCAAACACUUAAUACCUUUGAAACCACACACGUUCUUUCUUCAUCUAAACAGAGAAAUCGGCAGAAAUUGCAAGCACUUCAAGGAAAGCCUCUUCUCGAGACCAAUUCCGAUAAGAGAAGAGGAGAGGCAGUUUCCUCUGGGCUUUCUUCUCACCGUAUUCAAGGACAUAAAUCAGGUGGCGCGACUGCUACGUCUAAUACAUCGGCCACACAACUUCUAUGUCAUUCAUGUGGACAAAAAGUCGCCACGUAAAUUCCACAAGGCAGUCGCAGAGGUUGCAAAGUGUUUUGGCGACAACGUCGGCGUGGUUCCUCUCAGUGAAAGCAUUUCGGUCAAACGGGGUGACUACACGGUGCUUGAACAGGAGCUGGUUGCGGCGCGACUACUGCUCAAAAUGGGAAAGUGGAAGUAUAUGAUAAAUUUGACGGGCCAGGAACUGCCACUGAAGACAAAUCUAGAACUGGUACUAGGUCUCAGAAUGCUAAACGGGUCGAACCUGGUUCAAGCCACAUUCAAACGCCAAAUGGCAAUUCGCAUCCCGAAUGUCACUUUAUCAUUCCCGGUAAGUAAGCAGUUUUUUCGGUCGGUUUCGGGAGUUAUCAAUACUAUUGAGCAACAAAUGGUAUCCCAUCUGCCCAAUUUAAAAUCCGGCGUUGUUCGAUGUUGGCCACCUAGAAUGUGGUCAAAAUGCAAAGUACAAAACGACCUUUGUCCGAUGUUCGUAGCCCAAGAAACGAACGUUAAACUAAGAUGA